AAGACGAUGACGUAAUCGCGCAGCCAAGUCGGCAUCUGAGAAGGCGUUGUGUGCGAAAACCGCUAGCAACCUAUCCACAGACAGAGUAGAGCUCAAAGCCUGGGAUUAUAGCCUGGGUGCGAUAUCGCUGCACUUCUUUUUGGAGAUAUUUCACAGUUAUAAUCCAGGGUCUUGCUUUGAGGUGCACCAUUUUGUUUCCGUUUUGCUCUUUGUUGGAUCUCUUUAACCCCGCCCCCUGCAAUAGGAGCGUGGGGCAGGCGGGCGGCCGAUGUUUAGGGAGGGUCAGCCCCCCUCCUGACGUUCGUGGACUCCUCUGCGCUCAGAAGGGAGGGUAACCAUGAGCACCCCCAAACCCAGCGGCCUGAAGGCCCCCAGCAAGAUCGGCAGGCCGGCGGGGGCAGCCACCAAAACCUCCCCCCCCUCCGCCCUGCCAAAGCCUGCCCCGGCUGAGAAGCUGCCCCCCAGUCCCGGGAUCGCGGAGGGCCAGGGGGCAGAAGAGGUCUUCCAGGUGGGGGAGCGCGUGUGGGUUAACGGGAACAAGCCCGGCUUUGUGCGUUUCGUGGGGGAGACCCAGUUCGCUCCCGGCCAGUGGGCGGGCAUCGUCCUGGACGACCCCAUCGGGAAGAACGACGGCUCGGUGGCGGGCGUGCGCUACUUCCAGUGCGAGGACCAGCGGGGGAUCUUCACCCGGCCCUCCAAGCUGUCCCGCGCCCCCGUGCCCGAAAGCGAGGCCAACGGGGCCCGGACGGCCUCCGCCUCGCAGGCCAGCACCCCCACCUCCAACACGCCGGCCACGUCCACCGGCGCGCCGCCCGCCUCCAAGAAGACCGCGCCCGCCAAUACCGCCACCGCCACGGCGCCUACCGGCAGCAACCUGGCCCGGACCACCAGCGAGUCCAUGUCCAACCUCUCGGACGUGGGCUCGGCCAAAAAGGGCGAGCGGGAGCUGAAGAUAGGGGACCGGGUGCUGGUAGGGGGCACUAAGGCGGGGGCUGUGCGUUUCCUGGGCGUGACAGACUUUGCCAAGGGGGAGUGGUGUGGCGUGGAGCUGGACGAGCCCCUGGGCAAGAAUGAUGGAGCAGUGGCGGGAGCCAGGUACUUCCAGUGCCAGCCCAAGUACGGCCUCUUCGCCCCCGUGCACAAGGUGACCCGCAUCGGCUUCCCCUCCACCACGCCGGCCAAGGCCAAGACCAAGGGGCGCAAGUCGGGGGCCAGCCUCAAACGCAGCCCCAGCGCCUCCUCCAUCAGCUCCCUCAGCUCCCUCGCCUCCUCCGUGGGCGGCAAGCCCAGCCGCUCCGGCCUGCUGACGGAGACGUCCUCCCGCUACGCGCGGAAGAUCUCGGGCACCACCGCCCUGCAGGAGGCGCUGAAGGAGAAGCAGCAGCACAUCGAGCAGCUCCUGGCCGAGCGGGACGUGGAGCGGGCGGAGGUGGCCCGCACCACCAACCACAUGGGCAAGGUGGAGCAGGAGCUCAGCCUGAUGAGGGAGAGCCAGGAGCAGUACGUGCUGGAGAUGGAGGCUAAGAUGGACCAGCUGCGCAUGCUGGUGGAGACGGCUGACAAGGAGAAGGUGGAGCUGCUGAACCAGCUGGAGGAGGAGAAGAGGAAAGUGGAGGACCUUCAGUUCACUGUGGAGGAAGCUUGCAUUACCAAAGGUGACUUAGAGACGCAGACCAUACUGGAGCAUGCCCGCAUAAAGGAACUCGAACAGAGCCUCCUCUUUGAAAAGACCAAAGCUGACAAACUCCAGAGGGAGUUAGAAGACACUAGGGUAGCCACUGUCUCUGAGAAGUCGCGGAUCAUGGAGCUGGAGCGGGAGCUGUCCCAGCAGGCCGAGGAGAUGGCGGGGCUGCGGCUGCGGCUGGACGAGCCGCCGCCGGGCCCGGGGCCGGGGUCGGGGGGGUCGCCCGGGCCUCUCCUGGAGGAGCUGGGGGCCCUGAGGGAGCGGCUGGAGGCCCAGAGCGCGGAGCACCGGGCCGAGGUCGCCGCCCUGAGGGACCGGCUGGAGGCGGCCGAGAGGGCGCACGGGCAAGAGCUGGCCCUCCUGCGGGCCGGCGGCGGGUCGACCGAGCCCAGGGGCGAGGCGGGCGAGGUGGAGGAGCUGAGGGCCCGUCUGCGGGAGGCGGCGGAGGAGAAGGAGCGCCUGGAGGAGGCGCUGCGAGGGAGCCUGGAGCGCACAGAGGAGCAGCACCUGGUGGAGAUGGAGGACGUGCUGGGCAAGCUGCACUCCGCUGAGAUGAAGGUCAGUGAGUUGACCAAAGAACUUGAGAGCAAGUUCCAGAAGGUUCUGUCCCUGCAGCAGAGCCUGGACUCUGCAGAGCAGUACAGGGUCUCGCUGGGGGAGGAGCUGGAGAGCGUGAAGAAGAGGUUUGAAGGGGAUUCAGAGGAAAAGAAGAAGGCAGUGGAGACUAUGCAAGAGACAAUCAAGAGGCUUCGUGAAAAAGAGAAACAGUGCUUGGCCCUUUCUACUAAAGUAGAGGACCUGGAAACCCAGCUGGCAGGAAUGGGAAGGAAGCUGAAGGCAGCGGAGGAGAGACGAGACCAGCUGGCUGAGGAUAAAGCCAAACUGGAGAGUGACAUCACAGGCAUGAUGAGAUCAUCAGGGGACAGCUCCGCCCAGCUCACCAAGAUGAAUGAUGACCUCAUUCAGAAAGACAGGAGGCUGGUGGAACUGCAGACGCAGCUCUCAGAAGCCAGAGAGCAGACGGCUCGGUCUGAGGAGGGCCGGAGGAAGGAGCAGAUUCGGGCGGGGGCCGAGCUCAAGGCCCUCCAGGAGCGGCUGGAGCAGAUGGCUUCCCAGUCCGUGGGGCGGACGGCGCAGGAACACGAGGAGCUGGCGAGAGAGCUCGAUGCGCUGAAGCAGCAGAACUCAAAGUACCAGGAGGAGCUGAGCCUGUCCCAUGAGAUAGAGGAGCUUAGGCUGGCUGCUACCCAGAAGUCUCAGAGCCUGGCUGCCCUUCAAGAGGAGAACGGCAAGCUGGCCAAUGAGCUGGGCCACGGCGGGCAGCGCAAGGAUGGGGAGGACCGUUUGCUUCUGAGCAGUCAGGACACGAAGAGAAGGGAGAGCUCGUCUGAGACGGAGCCGGAGGGGGAGAAGGCCGCCCUCCAGCAGUCUUUGCAGAACACCAGUGCCUUGAUCCUGGAGAAGGACAAAGAGCUGGAGACCCUGAGGAAUGAGAUCGCGGUUCUGCGGGGGGAGAGCACCAUGGCGAAGACGCUGCAGUCGGCCGUGCGGUCGCUGGAGACGGACAAGGCCCAGCUGCAGGCCCGGGUGCGGAGCCUGGAGCAGCGGCUGGCGUUGGGGUCCCCGGGGGCCGCUGGAGACGACGCCUCCACGGUUGACUCGACCUUGGACCAGCUCCGGGAGGAGAAGGAGUUUGCAGAGGGCCAGAUUGACUUCCUGAACUCGGUCAUCGUGGACCUUCAGAGGAAGAACCAGGAGCUGAAGAUCAAGCUGAAGAAGCUGGCGGAGGCGUCCUUCAACGGGAACACCGACGGCGAGCUGGACAACCACGGCAGUCUGUCCAAGAAGAAGGCCACCCCCCGGCUCUUCUGUGACAUCUGCGACUGCUUCGACCUCCACGACACGGAGGACUGCCCCACCCAGACCCAGUCGCCCGACACGCCGCCCCACACCACCUACCACGGGAGCCGUGGCGACGAGCGGCCGUACUGCGACAUCUGCGAGGCGUUCGGGCACUGGACCGACUCCUGCAACGACGACCAGACCUUCUGAGCCCCGCCCCCGCCCUCCUGCUCCUCCCCCGCCCUCCUGCUCCGCCCCCACCUCCUCUC